GUCCGCGCGAAGCGCGACUGCAUUUGCCUUCCUCUCGCACCGUGACGAGGGAGUAACCAUGCCCGACGCCGUGCAGCUCAACGAGCUGACCCGGGGAUCCAACGACUCGCAAUCGGACAGCGCGGUGGAGAAGCGAUCGAACAAGGUUGAAUUCGCGCCAGAGGUGUCUGCAGUCGAGGCGGGGAUCGCGCAGGAGCCCGUACCAUAUCGGUUGUACAGGUGGCGAUGGGUAGGACUCUUCGCGAUGUUUUGCCUGAACGGUGUCGGAGGCAUGGUGCAGCCAUGGUUUGGCCCGAUUGCCAACGACGUUUCAUCGGACUUCCACAUCUCGCUCACACGUGUAAACUGGCUCAUGAACAUUGUUGUGCUCUGUUAUCUUCCCGUGGCAAGUUUCACGCCGCUGCUCGUGGAACGAUAUGGCCUUCGCCGAGUGUGCGAUAUUGGUGCCCUGUCUCUUAUCACCUCGGCCUGGAUCCGGUUUGCCGCAACACCCAAGUCCCUCUCCGUCAACGGCGCCUACGCGAUAUUUUUCAUCGCACAGUUGAUUGGAGCGAUCGCGCAAGCGGUUUAUCAAGUGAUUAUACCUAAGUAUUCGGAGAAUUGGUUUGACCUCAAGUCUCGCACGACGGCAACAAUGAUUAUGGCCGUCGCUAAUCCUGUGGGUGGUGCCAUUGGGACUAUCAUAUCGCCAGAAAUAGGCGAUACCCGGCGUUCGAUUCUCGUACUCGCGAUCAUCACCACUGUCGCAUGCCCCACGACUUUCCUCGUCAGAAACUACCCACCUUCGCCGCCAACCUUCUCGGGAGGUCAACCAUCGCAGCCAUUCCGAUCUCUGGUGGAUGCGCUGCGCGGCAAGGAAACGAUUCCGGAGGCUCACAUGACCACUCGCGAACGCAUAGACUUUGGUAUCUUGACGUUCACGUUUGCAGUCCUCGUAACUGCUACCAACGUGUUCUCCAUCCUCAAUGCCCAGUACAUCCAACCUUAUGGAUACUCGUCCGAUGUCGCUGGGCUGAUGGGCGCUACCCUGCUCGUCGUUGGCCUCGUCUGCGCGUUCAUAACAUCACCACUGUUUGAUCGCGUCAUGACACACCACCUUGGAAUAACCAUAAAGACACUAUGCCCCAUCGUCGGGGCUGGAUGGUUGUCGUUGAUCUGGGCCAUCAGACCCAACAACACUGCAGCGUUGUUCGUGAUCAUGGCCGUCAUCGGCGCGUGCUCGGUUACCAUCCUUCCGGUUGGCCUCGAGAUGGGCUGCGAGUUAACGCGGAACGCAGAAGGCAGCUCCGCCAUCAUGUGGUUCAUGGCGAACGCCCUCAGCUUCAUCUUCCUGCUUGUCGAAGACGCGAUGCGUGCAGGCAAGAACGCCAAUCCGCCUCUGAACAUGCACCGUGCCAUCAUCUUCAAUGGCGUAUGGGUGUUCGCAUUGUCGCUUAGCGUGCUGUUCUUCCAAGGAAAGCAAGCGCGUAGGGCGGUCGACGAGCAGCGCCAGCGCGCCCAGACGAGCUGAUCAUAUCGAUACUUA